GAAGCAGGGCUUUUCACCUAAAACAAAAGUAAAGCAAAGCUUUUUAUUUUCUCUCUCCAUUUCUCACUCACAGUACAAGAACCAAAUUCCCCAACUCCUCUAUUUUCCCCAAAAUCAAACUUCUCAAGAUUCGAAGAUCGAGAAAAAAUGGAGUGCGUUUUCGGAUUAGUAGGCAACGGAUUCGCAAUAAUUGCAGCAGAUACAUCGGCAGUUAACAGCAUUUUGGUGCAUAAAACCAAUGAGGACAAGAUCAUGAAGCUCGAUUCUCACAAGCUCAUGGGCGCCAGUGGAGAAGCCGGCGAUAGAGUUCAAUUUACGGAGUUCGUUCAGAAGAACGUUUCUUUGUAUCAGUUCAGGAAUGGAAUCCCAUUGACAACUGCUGCCGCUGCUAAUUUCACACGGGGUGAACUGGCUACUGCCUUAAGAAAGAAUCCGUACUCCGUCAACAUAAUUCUAGCUGGCUUUGACCAAGACACUGGACCAUCACUGUACUUUAUCGACUACAUUGCAACUCUUCACAAGGUAGAUAAGGCAGCAUUCGGCUACGGUUCAUAUUUUGCUCUUGCCAUGAUGGACCGACAUUACCGCAGUGACAUGUCUGUUGACGAGGCCAUCAAGUUGGUUGAUGAAUGCAUAGCAGAGAUCAGGACUAGGUUGGUUGUGGCUCCACCAAAUUUCGUUAUCAAAAUCGUUGAUAAGGACGGAGCUCGGGAAUUCGCAUGGCGCCAGUCCAUUAAAGAUCAAGGCGUUGAAGAUGCAAAUGCUGCUUCUGCCUGAGUAGCGGAAAAUAGGUCGUUAUCAUACUUUCUGAAGCUGGUAGUAUUGAUGUAACAGGAUAAUUGACUAUGUUUGAAACUGUAUACCCUUGUUACUUUGGAGUUGUUAUCUGGUGGUUUUCCCCCUCGUUAUCAUUAAUGCUGAACUAUAUCAAAUUGAUUGUCCUGGUGGAAUAUCAGUAAGCUACUGUUUAUUUUGGCUGA